GCUGCUCAGAGAGGAGGAGAGCCAGCGGAGGGAGAGGGGGAGCGAGCUAGCACUCCGAGCAAGAGGACAGGCUUCUCUGGGCUCAGUUAAUCUGGCUGUCAGUCGGCAACGCUGCAGUUUAAGUGCUCAGCUCCCAUUCCAGGGGAACGAGGCAAACCCCACGGAAGGAGGGAAGGAGGCCAAGGAGCGCGGUCUGCAGGAGGCAAGGAGUCGGCAGAGCGAGAGAGGAAUCAAAGGAAGGGGAGGGAAAUAGCAAACCUAUGGUUGGACCUGGGCUACUUUUUCGCCAAUGUAAAAAGGAAUAUGCCGUACAUUUUUGCCUUUUUCUGCACCGGUUUCCUAGGCGCGGUCGUGGGUGCCAAUUUCCCCAACAAUAUCCAGAUAGGGGGAUUAUUUCCAAAUCAGCAGUCCCAGGAACAUGCGGCCUUUAGAUUCGCUUUGUCUCAACUCACAGAGCCCCCCAAGCUGCUCCCCCAGAUUGAUAUUGUGAACAUCAGCGACAGCUUCGAGAUGACAUACAGAUUCUGUUCCCAGUUUUCCAAAGGAGUCUACGCCAUCUUUGGGUUUUAUGAACGAAGGACCGUCAACAUGCUGACCUCCUUCUGUGGGGCUCUCCAUGUAUGCUUCAUUACGCCGAGCUUUCCCGUGGACACAUCAAAUCAGUUCGUCCUUCAGCUGCGCCCCGAACUGCAAGAUGCCCUCAUUAGCAUCAUUGACCAUUACAAGUGGCAGAAAUUUGUCUACAUUUAUGAUGCCGACCGGGGCUUGUCAGUCCUGCAGAGAGUCCUGGACACAGCUGCAGAGAAGAACUGGCAGGUGACAGCGGUCAACAUCCUGACAACCACCGAGGAGGGAUACCGGCUGCUCUUCCAGGACCUGGAGAAGAAAAAGGAGCGUCUGGUGGUGGUGGACUGUGAAUCAGAACGCCUCAACGCCAUCCUGGGCCAGAUCGUAAAGAUGGAGAAGAAUGGCAUCGGUUACCACUACAUCCUGGCCAAUCUGGGCUUCAUGGACAUCGACUUAAAUAAGUUCAAGGAGAGCGGAGCCAAUGUGACAGGUUUCCAGUUGGUGAACUACACGGACACCGUCCCGGCCCGGAUCAUGCAGCAGUGGAAGUCCAGUGAUGCUCGGGACCACACCCGGGUGGACUGGAAGAGGCCUAAGUACACCUCUGCUCUCACGUAUGAUGGUGUGAAGGUGAUGGCCGAGGCCUUCCAGAGCCUGCGGAGGCAGAGGAUUGACAUAUCCCGCCGAGGGAACGCUGGGGACUGUCUGGCUAACCCUGCUGUGCCUUGGGGCCAGGGGAUCGAUAUCCAGAGAGCCCUGCAGCAGGUGCGAUUCGAAGGUCUGACAGGAAACGUGCAGUUUAAUGAAAAGGGACGGCGGACGAACUACACCCUCCAUGUGAUCGAGAUGAAACAUGAUGGCAUCCGGAAGAUUGGCUAUUGGAAUGAAGAUGACAAAUUUGUCCCGGCAGCCACGGAUGCUCAGGCUGGAGGGGACAACUCGAGCGUUCAGAACAGAACCUACAUCGUCACUACCAUCCUUGAAGACCCUUACGUGAUGCUGAAGAAGAAUGCCAACCAGUUUGAGGGUAACGACCGCUACGAGGGUUACUGCGUAGAGCUGGCGGCCGAGAUCGCCAAGCACGUGGGCUACUCCUACCGCCUGGAGAUCGUCAGCGACGGCAAAUAUGGAGCCCGGGAUCCGGACACAAAGGCCUGGAAUGGCAUGGUGGGAGAACUGGUCUAUGGGAGAGCAGACGUGGCGGUGGCCCCCUUAACCAUCACCUUGGUCCGAGAAGAGGUCAUAGACUUCUCUAAGCCAUUCAUGAGCCUGGGAAUCUCCAUCAUGAUAAAGAAGCCUCAGAAGUCCAAGCCGGGUGUCUUCUCCUUCCUCGACCCUCUGGCCUAUGAGAUCUGGAUGUGCAUAGUCUUCGCCUACAUCGGCGUGAGUGUCGUCCUCUUCCUUGUCAGCCGCUUCAGCCCCUACGAGUGGCACAGUGAGGAAUUUGAGGAGGGACGAGACCAGACGACCAGUGACCAGUCGAAUGAGUUUGGGAUAUUCAACAGUCUGUGGUUCUCCCUGGGAGCCUUCAUGCAGCAAGGAUGUGACAUCUCCCCCAGGUCCCUGUCCGGCCGCAUCGUGGGCGGCGUCUGGUGGUUCUUUACCUUGAUCAUCAUCUCCUCCUACACAGCCAACCUGGCCGCCUUCCUGACGGUGGAGAGGAUGGUGUCUCCCAUCGAGAGCGCAGAGGACCUGGCAAAGCAGACGGAAAUUGCUUACGGGACCCUGGAAGCAGGCUCUACCAAGGAAUUCUUCAGGAGAUCUAAAAUUGCUGUGUUUGAGAAGAUGUGGACAUACAUGAAGUCCGCAGAACCAUCUGUGUUUGUGCGGACCACAGAGGAGGGGAUGAUCCGAGUGAGGAAAUCCAAAGGCAAAUACGCCUAUCUCCUGGAGUCCACCAUGAACGAGUACAUUGAGCAGCGGAAGCCCUGUGACACCAUGAAAGUGGGAGGAAGAAGCUGCUGUCUGCCACAGGCCCCAGUGCAGAAGCCAGGCCUCUCAGAGGAGUUCUUAUGCCUGUGGGCCUGGAACAUUCCACUCAUCUGCGACCUUCAGCCCUGAGGUUGGAAACUGACCCUGGGGCCUCAGCUUGCUGUGACUGUCACUGCCCGUGUGUCCUUCCCCCUCAUUCCCUACGUGUUAAAUGUCCAUGACCCUAGUGAUUCUGUCAUGUGAUCUGUCACACCCCAUCCUUUAUCAGACAGCCUGCAUCCAGUAGCCGCAAUCAGGGUUCUCCAGCAAUAUGGAUUCUUUGACAGGAGAUGGUUUGUAAUGUGUGUCAAGAGAAGUGGAAAUGCAUUGUCCAAAUGAAAAAUUCAGGAGUUUGGGCCUCCAGACCUGCUCAAAUCACAAAAAUAACCCUAAUGGAUAGAACCCAUUAGCACAGCCUAUGUUUCUCCCUGGACACACGUUUCUUUAGAAAGAUCAGGGUUGGUCAGCAAAGAGACAAGGAAACUUUACUUUCACAAAAGGAAAGUCUGAUGCUCAUGCUAAUGGCGAAGGAAGAGGGCUGUGUACUCGGAAUCAGAUGGUGCAGAGCACAGCUCAUUCUAGAAUUUGCUACCAUCCUGCAGAAGGGAAGACAGUGCAUUACCCACCCUUUAGUUUUUCUAUCUGUAAAGAGAAUCAUCAUCCUAGCCCUCCUGAGGUCAAGGAUCAAAUGGUAUAAACUCCAUAGAAAAGUGAUGAUUAUUAAGUCACCUAUGAGGAAGGAAAACACCUUCUAGGAAGAGUAGGAUAGGUUUAAAAGGCUACAGAUGGAAGGAGGGGCUCCUGACCCAUGUUGACAUGACAGCCACGGCCACCUCUGCCUGGCUUCAUUCUGCACCAUGAUGCUGAGGUCCAUUAUUCUGGGUGCUUGCAUAGAUACACCAUUCUGAGCAAAACGCUAUUCACACAUAACUAUGCCAUGGCAGUGGAGAUGGACAUUAGACAGCUUAUCAUCACUUAAUGUUUUAAUGAUUUUGUGAAGGAUUCUGGGAUAGUCUAUUAUAGAAGAACACCUAUUUCCAGCAAUAAGAGAGAACAGAAUUGCCACUAUAAGACGUGAGGAUAUGCUGGAUAACACAUAGCUACAAGAGCUCCAGGACCAAAAGGAGAAAUAACUAAAUCAAAACACAGUGAAAAACAUAAGCUAAUGAUUUUGGAACUACCCCAAACAGAACAAAAUUGUAAAAAAAAAAUGACACUCCACAUUUGCAAGAGUCAGCAGUAAAACUAAGAUAUUAAUCAGAAACGUCUUUAAAUAAAAUACAUACUCAUUAAAGAUGAGGCACACAUGAUAGAGCUUGAAUUGGAAUUUACAGAAAUAAAAAUAUAUCUAUCCAUCCAUAUAAAAUCUCAGUGUGAGUGGUGCACAACAAGUUAGCUAAAACCAAAGAGAGAAUUGGUGGACUGUCCUAGGGAUGGGAACCAGAAAUUUCUUCAGACUGACC